AGGUCACAGAGAAGUUCACGCACAUGAAGGACCGCAGUGUCAUCCCUCUUCAAGAAGUGAGCGCUCCUGUUUGGACAGCGUUUGUGGUGCACCAUGCUCCAGCUGAACGACACGGUGGAGCCGGAGAGUCCGGGUGUCGCCGUUCUCCACCCCGCAGAAACCGAGGAGGGGGUCGAGGUUGCCUUCACGCCGCCGGAGGCCGGACGGAGUCUGGGGCACGGAGCCUCCGUGGCCUGCUGCCCCCCGUUACAGACGCUGACGCCGUUUCAUGUUCAUAAUCCAACAGUGCAGGCCAAAGUGAAGGACUACUUUGUGUUCAGGCCAGGUACCAUUGAGCAGGCGGUGACUGACAUCAGGACUGUGGCGCUGCCUUCUGAGGACGGAGAGGUGCUCAGUGUCUGGUUACUGGCAGAAGUCGACCACUGGAACAACGAGAGGGAAAGACUUGUGCUUAUAACGGAUAGGUCACUGCUGGUGUGCAAGUACGACUUCAUCAACCUGUUGUGUCAGCAGGUCAUCAGGAUCUCUCUCAAUGCUGUAGACACCAUCUCGGUGGGCGAAUUUGAGUUUCCACCCAAAUCCCUGAACAAGAGAGAGGGCUAUGGGAUUCGUGUCCAGUGGGACAAACGUCCUCGGGCCUCAUUCUUAAACCGCUGGAAUCCCUGGUCCACAGACAUGCCCUAUGCCACGUUCACAGAACAUCCCAUGUCCCACGCUGACGAAAACGUUGCCUCCCUGUGCCAGCUGGACAACUUCAGGACCCUGCUAGUGCAGGCAGUGAAGAAAGCCCAUAAGGAGCAUCCCAUCCCUGGACGUGCCAAUGGUGUCCUGAUCCUGGAAAAACCCCUGCUCAUUGAGACAUAUCUAGGCAUCAUGUCCUUCAUCAACAAUGAGGCAAAGUUGGGCUACUCCAUGACCCGAGGCAAGAUCGGCUUCUAAAAGCUAGUUUCCCUAAACACAAAUUAACAAAAUGUGUCUGUGUUACAUUGCGUUGUUUGAGAGAAGCUGUAGCUCCACUGCAGAGUAACAUGCAAACAAUCGUGCGUGUAAGUUCAGCCCAUGAGAUUUCCAGACCUCCUUAAGGUAAAUGAUGCACAGCACUGCAUGGACUGUCUUCUGUUUUGUUCAUAGUUGUCUCAGUCACUUUUUUUUUUAUGAAGAGCUGCUCGCACAACUGCCAUAUCGUGUGAACCCUCAGGAGUGAAAGCUAGUGUGACCAGUUGGAGGGAAAGAACUCGGCGCUUGCUUCAGUUCAUCACCUCAAUUUCUUAUUCUAGAUUUAACCUCCAACUCCUUGUUUAACAACUCUGACAGAUCUGAGUAGAGGAGUAGUCACAUUAGGGUUGUUAUUUCAAGGUUGAAGGUCCAGAGGUGUGAUACGGUGCCCUAUAUUUGCAACAUAAAUAUGGUGUAUGAAGGAUUGUGUUUUUCAGACUGUAGGUGUAACUUUGUAGAAUCGAGUAGCAGCUGAUGGAUUGAGGUCUUGUCACAUAAUUAUUGUCAUAAAUGUUACUAAUAUGGAAACUGUUUCAGGAUCUGCACCGUCUGUUACACUAAAAUAAAAUCUCUGGGCUCAACAAAGUUUUCAUUUAGAAAAAACACUUUUCAGUGAAUUUUGAAAUGAUAAAUUAAUAUAUAAUGUUAUGAACUUAACCUCCUGUCGGCCAGUGUUGUGCUCUCUGUGGUUACAUUUGCCAAACGUGUCUUUGCUCAGUGUUGAAAUCUGCCAUCCCACAUUGAGCGAUGCAUUAGCUACUACAGCUUAAAUUACUUUACAAAUGUUUUAUGCAACAAGAAACCUGUAAGAUUUGUCUUUGCCUGUAAUUUGCCGUCAUAGCUCUUCAAAUUGCAUACGUGGUAGACCUACGUUUGCAUUCAGCUGCAUUAAACUGCAGUGAAAAUAACAAUGGAUGGGUUACAUAAUUAAAUUCAUGCAAAGCUUUGUAUCAGUAUCUAAAUACUGUAUGUAUCUUGUGAAUAUGAUUAGAUGUAUUCUUUUUUCUUUUUUUUUUUUAAAGCUGCACCCUAUACAUGUACUGUGCUACCAAAGGUAACAGACCAUAUGUUCAUGCUCAACAAUGCCAAUGAAUAAUUGUGUUCUAAACGCCUUUUCCUUGUCUAAACUUGUGCAUGAUUCUUGCACGUUGAGUUUUUGCAUGACAGAUGUUUAUAAAAGGAGUAGCCAAAAUAAAUUGUAAAUACUAAAUACUUUUAUCUACAUUAUUUAUGUAAUACUCAAUACUGUACGUUUAUUUAUCUCCAGUCACAACACACAAAAAAAUUGGAAGGUCACUUUUUGUUCAUACAACUUGUAGCACAGAAGCUGCAAUGGUGAUUAAUAAAUGCCUAUAUGUU